AUGGAGUCGGUCGAACCGCUGCCGCUGCGGGAAGCGCUGCCGCCGAUCCUCGAGUUCUAUGGCCACCUCAUCGGCUACUGCAUCGUGCUUGGCCUCAUCUACCUCUUCACCGUGCGCUGCGCUGAGCGCUUCGAGGAGAAGCCGCCCACGGAGCGACCGGUGCUGUCGACGGACCUCAUGCAAGAGAUGAGCGACGCCGAAGAUGAGAGCGACGAGGACGAAGAGCCUGCCAAGGACGAGCCCAUCGAAGAGAUCGACACGGACAACAUGCUCAAAGCCGACGGCUCCAAGAACGAAAAGGCGCGUCCGGCGCCCAAGAAGCCAGCGUCCAAGCCGACGCCGGGGGCUUUUCCCAAGGAGCUCAAUCCGCUCACGUACCAGCCCAAGGAAGACGAAAACGUCUCGUUCGUCGACCUCCACAACGCGAUGCUCAACCGCUACAAGGAAAAAUUCCCCGAGCACGGACCCAACGUCGCGGGACCCGUUGUCGACGACGACUACGACGACGAGAUGAAGGAGCUCAUGGCCAAGCACCUGCCCGAAGAGCUCCGGCAGCGUCGCGCCAAGAAGCCCUCGAAGUAG